UUUUUAAUCUGAUCUGUAUCUUCAGUCUGAUCAUUUACUUUCUAGUGACAUUCAGAGUAAGAAGCGUACGUGUUCCACUAUACUGUGUUACAGCACAUAAUAGUAAUAUAGUAAUAUUUGAAAACAUCCGACAAAAAUGUCUUCCUCAUUUUCAUCUCCAUAUGAAGAGGAAUCUUAUGAGGUACAGAGGCGUGACAUACUCUCCAGCAGGUCCACCAACUACAUGGUGCUGAACUCAAAUGGAGAGGGAAGUUUUGGAAAAGUUGUCAAGUGUGUUGAUUUGACAACCAAGAAGUUGGUGGCAGUUAAGAUCCACAAAAAGGAUAACCAUGCCCAAAAUCAAAGGGAAGUGCAAAUCUUAAAUGCAGUCAGGGCUCUUGACCCAGAGAAGAACAACAUUGUAAGAUUCAUGGACAGUUUCACCUCCAACAACCUCUCAUGCCUGGCCUUUGAGAUGCUGGACAAGAGCCUUGCAGACCUGAUGAGGGAGAGAAACAACAUGCCUUUGAGUCAUAGGGAAAUUCGCCCUGUGCUCUUCCAGCUGCUAGUAGCAUUCAAAGCUUUGAAGAGUAUUGGUAUUGUUCACACAGACAUGAAACCGGACAAUGUAAUGCUCGUCAAUCAGAAGCAUCAACCCUUCAGGAUUAAGAUAAUCGACUUUGGCCUGGCCAUUCCAGUGAAAAAAUUGAUGGUUGGUAAGACCAUACAGGCUGCUUCAUACAGGGCUCCAGAGGUGAUCUUGGGCCUCCCCUUGUCCGAAGCUGUGGAUAUGUGGGGACUGGGAUGCAUCCUGAUGUACCUGCACUUUGGCAUCCACUUCUUCCAAGGAAUUUGUUCAUUUCAUAGGAUGAAAGCUAUGGUGCACAUGCUGGGCCAGCCAGACGACGACCUGCUGAGUGCUGGACAAAACACCUGGAAGUUUUUCAGUAAGAAGAAGGGCUCCGUUACUCCACGGUGGAGACUAAGGCAGCCAUAUGAGUACACGGAAGCAAGUGGUAUCGAACCCCACAUGUCGUGGAAGUUUUUUAAAACAGCCAUGGACUUGGAGGACGCUGUAAUGAGUUAUCCAGAGAUAGAGGAUCCUCUGGAGUUUCUAGACAAGAUGGCAUUCUUCAGCCUCCUGAAAGCUUGUCUACACAUGGACGCUGGACGUCGCAUCACGCCGGAGAAAGCCCUGAAACACACAUUCAUCACAAUGGUUCACCUGGUUAAUUUAGUGGACACCAGCUCCUAUGCAGAAGAUGCCCUCAAGUUGAUGACUGUUUCCAAUUUGGAUGAAACAGAUAAUUACACCACCGACCCUGAUUUGGAGCUCACUGACGACCAAGCUUCAAGUGAUGGAGGCUCUGGCACCAUUCAUUCCACAGCUGUCAAGACGUUCUCAAAGAGUGAGCUGUCUUUUGCAAGUUUGGGUGAAAAGGACUCGGACACCGUUUGUUCCAUAGCUCUCAAGACUUUCUCAAAGAGUGACCCAACUUCUGCCAGUUUCAGCGAAAAGGACUCAGACAAUAGCCGUUUAAGUGGCAACAAGGCAGAUGUUGAGAGUUUCUGUGGUGAAGAUUUAGAAACUGAGAGUUCCAGUAGCGAUGAGGGCAUCGACCAUUCAGCACUUCGCUCCUUCGACAGAAAGACAUUCACUCUAUGUUCCAAUGAUCAUUUCUCUAGUUUUCAUUUUGAUGAAAGCGGAUCAAUGGAUGGACAUUCAAACGCUGAGAUUUCCAACCAUUUAUAUGUAGCAGGACCUUCAGCUGCAGCCACAAGUUGUGAUCGCGGGCCAUUUGCCAUUAAUGGUGACAGAGCUGGCUCCACUGAUGGAGCUGCACCUGCCAUUACAACCAAAGACGUGGUUGAUGUCAAGACAAAGAAGAAGAGGAAUCUACUUCAAAAGACCUGUAAAUUCUUCAGUCAAGUGAAGAAGAGAGUGUUUUCUCUGUUUAAACCUCGACCUCCAACAACUAAAAGACCAUAACUGUAAAAAGUCACUCUGUGGCUGCAAGGAAAGAUGUGAAGGUGAAGUUCAUUUUAACCCUACGUUUGAGUUGUAAUCUUUUGCAGUGAACAGAAAUAAUAAUAGUUCAGAAGCACUGUCAGCUGACUGUCAGAUGUCCUAAGAAACCCAGCUGCAUCAUAUUCAGCAAAUCUUUCAGAGAUCAUAAGAGGAGCAAGGCCAUUUGGCUUCUUACAGACAUCUAACAAAGUCUCAAAUUCAGCCUUUGAUGGACAGAGUUUGAUUCAUCUGUGUUCCAUCCAUCUGUCCAGUUUCCUUAUGAAUUUCCUGAGCAAUAUAAUUCGAGUAUAAUAAAGUUUGAGAAAGCAACAA